AACCUCACAAGACUCUGUCAGGUCGACGCAAGCGCACGUAUCAAACUAAGCCUUGUACAGCUGCGAGUUAUUUCAUAAUAAAAUGACAGUUCCCUAUUUGUGAUGCAAGUGUAUGUGUUUACAUAAAACGUGUUUUCAAGUGAAUGAUUAUUUUGUUUCGGUGUUCAGUGAAGUAUUUUUUGUUGAUAAUGUUUCCGAGAAUACAAGGACUGUUCCACUCUGUGACGGAGAAGAGAUCUCAGAACAAUGAUUGUGGCGAGAACAGCGUCACGAUAGUAACGGAAAAGAAAAUUGAAGACGACGGUUCAGAUUCGUCCAGUGGAGAGAAUGUCGAAAUUGAAGACAAAACCCUGCCCAUUGUCGGACCUCCAGCAUUAGUAACUUCAGAAGAAGGUCACGCAGCCCAGUGCACUUGUCCGAACUGCGAUGAACUUCUAUCCAGAUUCUCUGAAUGCAGUAUUUGUUUAGAACCCUUACAGUGCUGUGGGCCGUGCGUGUGCCCGUGGUGUGGGGGUGUGUGGUGCGCGCGGUGCUCACGACGCAUGUCAAGGUGUGCAUGGUGCCGAGGUUCUUUGAGGGCACCGGCAGCGCCCUGUCUAGCACUUCAAAGGCUCGUCAACGAUCUGAUGUUACCGUGCAGGAAUUACAGACGCGGUUGCACAGAACUACUGACAGCAAUCACAAGAGUCAAACACGAAGAAGAAUGCAAGUUUGAUACGAUGAUGUGUCCCAUCACCGCGAACUGUUGCUCGGUUCCAUUCGAAGAACUCUCCAGUCACCUCCAGUCCACGCACAACAUCAUCGCGGUUUACUCACAGAAGAUAAAAAUAUUAAUAGAAAACUUCCAAACGAAACUGAAGAAGACAGCCUGCUGUCGAACGAAAUAUAAGAUAAUACUGCUGCAUCAGAAAAGCGCUUUCGUAAUCAAAGUAUGCAUUUACAAUUAUCACGUCAAAGUGGAAGUUAUGAGGAGGAAGCUAGGUUAUAUUGCCGAUGUUAAAUCGGAGACGAAAAAAAGCGAAUACUGCGCUUUAGUAGAAUUCCAAAGUAAAGCGUUAAGUACUAAAUCGGCUAUUUUAAUAGAAAACGAGGCUUACGGGAAAAAAGCUGAAGUGCAAUGGAGCGAUGUGAUCAUGAAAGCUGAAAACGAUGAAGCUAUCACGAUACACGUAAACAUCGGAAAAUCAGAUACAGAUAUGCUAAGGAAAGAUUGUCGUGAAUCGACGUAGCGAAUUAUUUGUAGAUUUAGAAUAUAAGCCAAUAAUUUAGGUGAAAAAUUUUUCAGAUAUACCAACGAUGACUCAAAAAUGUCGGAGCAUACGAGUAAUGUUUAACUUUAACUCUGAUCCUAUUAAAUCAAACAUCCACAGUAUUGAAUUCAAUCCUUGAUAUAGCCGUAUUUAUCCAAUAAAAACUUAUCCAAUAAACUUUGCUAACUCCAUAUUAACCACCUCUUUGUAAUAUUUGAGUUCACAUUAAAAUGUAAAUUCAAUAAAUUUCCUUUGUUAUAUAACAUUAGUACAGUCUACAGAAAAUUGGUUAUGCAUUGUAAUUGUUUUAAUCUAAACUUUGUGUUCUUAGAAAACGGUCUCAUUAGACUAAUGAUGGUCUCAUUCCGUGUAGUUUUUUUAAAAUGGUUACACAUUUUACAAUGAAUAUAAUAUAGCCCAUUUAGAAAUAUUUGGCAUUGGCCUACUAUGACUGAUGUACAUUAAAUUAGUAUUAAAUAUAUUUAAGAUGUUUUAACUAGUAACAAAGUAAGACAAAUAAAUGUUAUUUUGAUAAGAUUUCCUUUGAAG